AUGCCGUUCACUCAGAUGAUGUGCGCCUCUUUGUUAGCAAUCGUGUUGGGCCAAUCAAUCCUUGCAGCUCAUGACAGCAGCGGCCCUUUACAAACCAAGGAGUUCGACUAUUGGUCACAAUUCAAUUAUCGAUUAUCCCAAUGGCAAGGAGAGACUGAACGGGCAAUUGCUAACACUACUUCAAGGGUAUUCAGCUCUGGAAUAAACUCUGAUCCAGCCUACAGCUUAAGCCAGAUUCUUGCCAAUGGCACCUUCUUGGGUCCAUUUGAGCGCAAGGACACGUUUGAAAUUCAGGCCAACCUGAAGAACGUUACCAAAUCCAUCGCCAUCUCAAAAUUACUGCGCUCGAUGAAUGCUUUUGUUACCAUCUCGAACGACCCCCAUCCAAACAAGCGAUGGAACUCCAAAGAUGUUCUCUCUUACCAUAGUCCCAAUGGAACCCUCAUGAACAUCAUCAGAGCUGUCCCAGGAAAAACCAAGGCCAUCAAUGAUUUCAAGAAUGGCCAUGCCUUGUUUGAAAAACAUGGAAUUUCUACCGAGCACAUUGCGGAAGUGUCAUUUGAAUGCCAGCAAAGAUUUGGUAUUCAAAAGAACCCAGUUGGGAGCCUCUCAGAUUUGAACCGCCACAACGUCACUCAAGAUCCUACCAUUUGCUCUUUUGAUUUACCAGUCUGUGACAUGAGACUUCCAGAAUUCCAACACCAGAAGCACAAGCACAAAAGGACUGUCAAGAUUUGCAGGCAAAUUCUAGGGCUGCCGAUAUAA